AUGCCCUCCGUGCAACUCAAACCAGGCGCUCAAUCGCUCAAGCAAUGCCAGCAUUGCUUCAGGUCUGAUUCGAAAGAGCAGCCUCUCCUCUCUUGCUCGUGCAAGCGGGCUCACUACUGCAAUCAGGCAUGCCAGAGAGCCAACUGGAAGCAGCAUAAGCCCAACUGCGAAACCAAUAGGAACACCCGAAAGGCCAUGCGAGAGCGUGAUCAAGCCUUGGGCCCAGCUAACGACGGAGUCACAUUCGAACAGGCGGAGAAAGUGUUCACAAAAUGGAUCCAGGUCUUCAAGCCUGUCCUGACUGUCGCGCUCGUCAACGCGCUCGAACUCCAAGCGCACCUGAACCGUUGUUUCACUCACGUUCUCGUGAUGAACCUCUCGCGAACCUUCACAGCGAGCACCACUCUCCGUACUGACGCGCAAAUCGCGAAAGCCUUCAAACUCGAGGACACGUUCGUUGUCUCUAUAGAGGAGGCCCUACGAACUAUUCCCAAUGACGAACUUCGCCUCGGCCUACGUUCUGGAAUUGACGGUGUGAUUGAGAGAGCAAAAGAAAUUUAG